CGUUAGACAUAUUUGAACUAAACAUUAAGAAGAAACUUAACCUAUACAUGCAUUAGAAUGUAUACAGUGCUAGUUGAACCGGAAUUUAAUAUAUACAGGAAGUUAAAUAUCUAGGGCAGGCUAGGAUUUGACCUAUCUUUUUUUUUUUUUAAAGUUACGAGAUACAAAGUGGACUAUCCGUAAUAUUACUGCGAUCUUCUGGCAUUUGGACUUUUUGUUGUUUCUAAAUUACUUCUGUAACAAGCGCAGAUGGCAUAUAGUAAGGUCUUUGUCAUUCUUCUUGUGUCUGUAUGGACCAGCAGUGAAAGUGGACACGGGCUGGAAACUGACGAAUGUCAAAGCUCGCCUUGUCAGAAUGGUGGAAGUUGUAUCGACGGUGUUGGCAAGUACACAUGCCAGUGUCCUCAGAGAAACGUUAGUGUUACAUCAGGGACUACCCGGACCUUCCUUACGGGCUUCAGUGGAACGCAUUGUGAGAAUGACAUCGAUGAAUGCAAGGUCCAGCCCUCCAUUUGUCUGAAUGUUGCAGAAUGUGAAAAUACAAUGGGUUCAUACAAUUGUAAAUGCGGCAGGGAUGACACGACGUUUUAUACAGGUACCAAUUGUGAAAAAUCUACAACCUACUGUGAUAUACACCCAGAACUGGUCAAUGACCCUCCAGCAUGUAAAAACAACGGAACGUGUCAAGCGCUACAUAUGGAUUAUCGCUGCGAUUGUGCACCAGCUUUUACAGGUCGACGUUGCCGGGUUAAUAUAGAUGAAUGUGAGUCAAACCCAUGUCACAAUUCCAGUACCUGUGUUGAUGGUAGCGGCGGAUACGAGUGUGUCUGUAUCCCGGGUAGAAGCGGAAUCAACUGUGACAUUGAUACCGAUGAGUGCGCUUCAAAUCCAUGUCUCAGCGGUGGUGUAUGUACUGAUUAUUUCAACAGAUUUGAAUGUAAUUGUACGGAUACAGGAUUCACGGGUAUGAUGUGUGAUAUUAGUAUUGAUGACUGUGCGUCAAACGCAUGCGCGUAUAACAGUUCCUGUGUUGAUGGAAUCAACGGAUACACGUGCGCCUGUAUCCCUGGUAGAACCGGGAUCCACUGUGACAUCGAUAUUGAUGACUGUGAUUCAGAGCCAUGUCUCAAUGGUGGAUUGUGUAUUGAUCAUAUGGACAGAUUUGUUUGUAAUUGUACGGGGACAGGUUUCACGGGUGUGACAUGUGAUGUUAAUACAGAUGACUGUGAAUAUCCGCCCUGCAUAAACGGAGCUAUGUUCAACAUGACAUUUCUAGCGGAUUUUGUAUUUGUUUUGUUAAACCUACUUUAUAUACAGGAAGUGAAGUGACUUUCAAGCUUGUCGCUGAAAUGAUGAUAGUUCAACACUAUAGAACUAAUUUGUCAACAUAUAUGCAUGUAUUUAUGUAAAGAUGCUGCUUCUGCACAAUGUAGUCAUUUACGCAGAUAUGGAAAAAUAUAUUUUUAUAAUAAUUUUCAUUAUAGAAUGUCUUUAUCUAGACUUGAUUAACUAGCCAUUACAUUUUUAUACUUUAUCAAAUGUAAACUUUUUAUUUACUUUAACGGUCAUUUGAUGUUCACGCACAUGAUUAACUGUCAUGGUCAUUAGAUAUUCAUACACUUGAUUCACUAUCAUGGUCAAUUGAUAUUCACAAUUUAUUUAUUUUUAUAGUCAUUGACAUUUAACUUACUGUCAUGGUCAUUAAAUAUUCAUAUUUGAUUUACUGUCUUAUCGAAAGACAUCAAUGUACGAGUAGUAUAAUUGCACAUCUUUGUUGAUAAUUUUGGCAAAGAGGCAGGUCCAGUACGACAGCGAAUAGAUGCAUUUUCCAUGAUUCAGAGAAUGUCGCCUCAUUCUAAAUGCUUCCUUAACAUAGUGAGCACUCUUAAGCAUAUGUUUGCUACUACUUGUUGACAAUAUAUUUGCAAACUUUUGCAAAGUGGGCCAUGGGUUAUAUCCUAAAUAUUUAUUUAUUAUAUCUACAUAUUUUGGACAACAGAGAAGAAAAUGGUAUUCUGAUUCAACAGCGUUACAUGUACAUAAUUUGCAUUUUCGAUCAUUUCGUUCAAUAUUUAAAAAUACAUAAAUGUGUUUUGAAUUUUCUGAAAUAAUCAAACUUGGGCAUAUUCUGAAUACAAGUAUUCCAGUUUUGAAUAUAUUGAUCUCGUAGACGCUGCUUAAACAAAGGCAAAUAGUUAACAUUCGUAUUAGAUUUUAACUACACAUCCCCAAAACCUGGACUAUCUAGUAAACAAAUUUUACAAAUUCCCAAUGAUAACUUGAUUGUCGCCGAGACGCGAGGACGAGUCCAUUUCAUGAUAACUGAUAAAAUAACAAUUCAUAAAGCUUACACAUUACUUGACUAGUAUUUGUUCAUUUAAACUAUUUAUUAAGUAUACGGAAAUAUAGCUGAGUCGGAUUAAAUGCAGAUAACAAUUGGAUAUGAGCAAAUCAUUUUAGGAGUUCGAAUCCUCAUGAAGAUUUUUUCAGAUUUUUGUUUUGUUUUUCUAAUUCGUUUUCAUUGUUGUUACCUUUUAUUUGUUUCUUUCUUUGAUGGUUUGUAUUUGCAUAUAAUAUCUUUAUAUAGUUCAUUAUUCGCUUAAUUGCACACAUUUAAUAAAUAUUCUGUCAUCUUUGAUAUAAUGCUAAACCUUUCUAAUCUGCCAUAUCGGCUUUAGAUUUUCUGUCCUGUUGUCACAGAGUAAAUGAAGGAAUCUAUUUUUUUUCAAAGCAAAAAGAAAAUAUGAAUUAAAUGUCGAUGCUGAGUUUCGAACCCACACGGCAAAAUACAUGUUUAACAUGGACAGUGUGCUUUACCUCUGAGCUUAUUUGUAAUUGGUAUUAAAGCUAGAAAUAUUUAGACUUUAACAUGUUAGAACAUUUUGAAUUCCCUAUGUUCCAUUUUAAUCUAUGUAAAGUCAUGUUUGUAAAUAACAAGUUAUCGUUGGGGCAUAGUACAUGUUUUGCCCAAUUAACAUCCAUAUUACUACUGCAUAGAUCUACAAACAUUUUAUACAUGGAUGUAUCCUGGUUUUUCAUUAGUUUCAGCCAGUAUUUCAGAAGUCUCUCUACAAUAACUGAAAGGGGAAAUCUAUCUAACUCUUCAAAAACAGCUACAUUUUGUGUUUGUUGGCGUACGCUAAGAAUAUUUCUACAAAACUUUACAUGGGUUUUAUCAAUUUCUUUAUUAUCAUAAAUGCCCCAUACCUCUGCGUUGCAUUACAACAUUGGUAACACUAAGAGUCAAAGAGUGACCAUUUAGUUCUUAUAUCUAAAUUUACCCCACUAAAUAAUCCUUGCUAACAAGUAUGUGCUUUCAAGGCUUGAUCGGACAAUGACUUAACAGCAUUUUUUAUACUUCCAGUAUAAGCAAAAUUAACACCUAGAUAACAAAAGUGAUCCACCACUUCAAUUGGUUCGCCAUUUACGAACCAUCGAAGGUCGUGUCUCUGUUUACGUUUUUCAAAUAUACAUAUUUUAGCUUUAUUAGCAUUAAUGUUCAAUCCCCACUUUAAGAAUAUUUAUACACUGAAUCUAGCUGGGCUUGUAAAGUACGUGGAUCGUUGUGAAUAACGCUAUAUCAUCUGCAAAAAGUAACAUAUACAUACAUCAACUGCAUUUGAGAACAUUAGCUCAUUACUGUUGUUGUUAUGUUUUGUGGAAUUGUAUUUCAUUGUUUCUUAGCAAGUAUCUACAUUAAAUAUUACAAACUCUU